UGGUUAUCAGUCUGUAGAGCCAGUCUGUGUCGACGCGCCUCCGAGGUCGCAUUCAGUGGCUGAAAAUCUGAAAACGCGCUGAAAAUACGUUCAAAAUAUAUUGUUCAUUCUGUGAAAUAGUGUGUGUAAUCAAUCUGGAUAUUUUUUUCAGACGUAACCACCGCUCGCGUUACGCUGAUUAGAUAAGAUAAAAAGAUGUGACAAGGACAGAUAAUAUUCAUAGCGAUGUGGAAACAGAACGUCAACAGUGCAGUGAAAAAUUGAAAUCAAUGUGUCAAAAAAUGCUAUAAAUUCAAAAAACAACCAAUGAAAAUCAUGAUCACGUAACAAUGGUGGCCAAAUUCUAAUUUCAAAAUAUGAGUGCGUGUUCUACUUCAAAUUAAGAAUAUGUGCUAAAAAAAAAAAAAGAAUGUGCGUUUAGUGUUUCCUCAAAAUGGAAUCGUGCAACCAAACUCUUUUUUGAUAAUGACAAGACAAUAAAGUCAAAGUUUUUAGUGGGAAGUGUUAAAUAAAAUGGUGUAUUAGUGACAGUGAAAAAUGGGUUGUCAGUUGGGGAAAUUAGCGGCUUCUGAGAGGCGGGGCAACAACGCUGGGCCAGCGAUCAGUGAUGGGCCUCCUCCGGCCACCGACCCUCGGCUGCCGUUGACGGCGAAGCAGAAAUACUCCAUGCUCGCAUCAUGGAAGGGUAUUUCCAGGGCUAUGGAGAAGACUGGCAUCUGUAUGUUUAUAAAAUUAUUCGAAGAAAACCAAGAUCUUCUAAAUAUGUUCGAGAAAUUUCGCCAAUGCCGGACGAAGGAAGAACAGAUCAACUCUAUGGAGCUCGCAGAACACGCCAACAAUGUCAUGAACACCCUGGAUGAGGGGAUCAAGGGUCUGGAUGACCUGGACAACUUCUUCGGCUAUAUUCACCAAGUUGGAGCCAGCCAUAGAAGAAUACCUGGAUUUAAAGUGGAAUAUUUUUGGAAAAUCGAAACACCGUUCCUAGCCGCCGUGGAGUCAACUUUGGGCGACCGCUACACGCCCAACGUGGAAAACAUCUACAAAAUCACCAUCAAGUUCAUCUUAGAAACGCUCAUAGAAGGCUACGAGGCCGCCGGCAAGCCUGCCACGUGAGCUCAACCAUGUACAGAAUCAAAUAAUACAUAAUAUAACACAAAACGCGAACAAAACUAAACAAAAAAGUUAGUCUUCUACAUAAUCAAUCAACCGACAAGCAGCCGCCAUGAUGGAAUCGAAAUUUUAAAAUGGAACCCUCUUUCCAAAAUCGAAAUCGGAUUCGCUGCAAAUAAAUUAAUGUCAAUUUUAAAACGAGAUUUUUAAAGUGAAGUGUACAGACGUUUAUAAAUGCAUCGUGAAUAAAUUAAUUAUUUGUGUAUAAUGUGAAUAAAAAUUCUAUAAUUGUGUAUAGUUGUCACUGUUCUUUUUCGCUCGUCUGUAUUUAGACUGGUUUAGCAUAAUGGGACUAACAGUUCAGUAAGGGAACAUAUAACUGAGUAUUAGAGCGCUUUUUUGAUUAGAUACAUAAUUUUAAUGAUAGGAACAAAAUGUAGAUAAACAUAGUAAAAAAAUGUGUGUUAAAUUAAGGAAUUUUAAACCAAAAUAACUUUUUUAAAUGUCGCAAAACGCUUGUUAGUACUAAUUUAAUGAUAAUCAUUAUUUAUUUCUAAUGAUAUUCUUCUUAACGUCCUCGAUGUUGGCUGGACCAACUGUUUUUGUUUAAAUUUUAUAAAUUCGGCAUAAUUAUUGUUAAAUUGCGUCUUCCGUGUGUGAAUGUUGUAAGAUUUAGAAUAAGUUUCAAAUUAUACAAUUAAUAAAAUAAAAAAAUAUUGUCUAUUAUUGUUUAAUCCAUCAUGUUAUCAGCACGGAAGAUUUUGUUUCAAUUUAUUAAUUUUCUAUUUAAUUAAACGCGCAAAUUAUACCAUACAUAUUAUGUUAUAUUUAUAUUAAUUUUAUAAUAAUAUUUAUUAAGGAAUUUUCUGAUUACCUCUUUGCACAAAAAUGUAAGCAAACAUAUACAACUCCACUUUACAUUAUAAAUAAAUAUUUUCUGAAACCACCUUAUAAAAAAAAAGUACAUUAUAUAAAGUACUUGGAUUUUUCACGAAAGUUUCAUACUUCAGAUAAAUUAUUUUGUAUAGCGCAGAAACGACUGCAAAAUGUUUAUUUCUAGGAACUUAAAUGUUGAAAUGUUAAAAGUCCUUUUAAACUCUGUUUGUAGUGAAUAAUGAGCUGAAACAGGCUUCAUUGAAAGUUUUCCUCGCCUCUCUGGUUGUCCUUUUAUUUCAACUUGAAAAUACCCCGGGCAACUAUGAAGUAAUUAUUAGCCUUUUUAUUUUCCCACUACAGACCUCUUCUUAAACAAACAAGGAAUGGGCGUUAAUCACCACGUUUACCCGAGAUGGAUUUCAGACUUUAAAGUCCACGUUUUCUCAAAAAAAUUCUUCACCUAACCCUUUCAAAUAUCAAUGUAAUUUUUCUAAGGUUGAAUAUCCCUGUAGUGGGAUACUAAAUAAAAUGAAAAUGAAAGUAAAAUACCAAGUUGACAUUGAACUUAAAAAAAUAUUUAUAAGUUUUCACAAAAUAUCAAGCUAUCUAGGAGUGGUUAAAACGAACAAAGAAAAGGGAAUUAUAUAUUGUUAUAGCUGAGUGAAUAUCAUCUUAAAGGUGCGAGUGACAACAUAGCAACAGCUAAUAGAAUAGUAUCAAUCAAUUAUAUCAGUAGUAAUAAGAUUAUAUUCAAUAAUUUUUCGGCAUAUGUAUACAAUAUGAUUUAACAAUAUACAUAAUAUCAAAUUGAAGCACCUCGUCAAAUUAGGCGUUAAUUUAAUCCAAUAUACGAUUACGUUGAUUGGUAAUAUGGUAAGAUUCAGUCUUAAGCCGUAUUAGAUUAUACUAAUUGCAAAACACCUAUGUUUUUACGCACUGAAAAACAAUAUUUCAGUCAUGAAAAGUAUUUUUUUCCAUCUUCAGUCAAUUUAUUAUCAAAUUAGUUUAUCAUUAAAAACUGCUUGUCAAAUGACGGAAAUUAAUGAAAAUUUUGUAAUGAAUCACUUUUAACCAUUUAACUAUUGUUAACAUAAAACAAAAUAUUAUAACAAACGUUCAAGGCAUACCAUAAAAAACACUAUUUUUAUCUCAAUGACGUCACAAGAACCUAUAAACUAUACAAAAGAGCUCUCAAAAACCCCGGUAAAUAUAUUUCAUCAAAACAUAAACUUCUGCCAACAAAAAUAUAUAAACUGAGCAAAGUGAGGAAAAUAUAUGAGUUAUAGGCGAGCGAAUGAAAACCAUAUUAUGAGUGGAAACAUAUAAGAUUAAUGAGAAAUUCUAUAAGCUCUUAGUCUUUGAAAAGGUUGGUGUUUCAAAAUGGGAUUUAACUUCAUCGGCUUUCUGAAAUAUAAGCGAUAAAGGUCUAACGAAAGCAUUAAUUGUAUCGUACAUUAAUAUAUCAGUGACAAGUGAAAUUGAUAUAAAAUACUUGGCGAAUUUUAGUAAUGAAACACACUAAAGUUUCAAAUAUUUCUGAUUUUGCAGACGGGCAACUUUUCGUUGGCCCCGCUUUCAACUUUCUAACGACUACUGAAAUAAAAAUUUGACAGGCUUGAAAUAAGUAAAAACUAAUUCUAAAUAACACGUAGAUUAAUCACAGACAUCGUAAAAUCAACUUUUACUGCAUUUCAUGUACUGGCACUUGAUAAUGCUUAAAAUAAUCUCACGUUGAACAGAAAACUUAUUCCGUAAAGCGAUUCAACAAUAGCCCAGCCUUAACUGCUCAUUUUGAUCUCGAUCAAAACUAGGUUGACUGUCUUAAAGAAGGCAGCAAUUCAGUGGUGCGUCUAGACUAAAGUUGACAGUCAGUUGCGUUGCGAUGCCCUCACGCAACGCUCAAGUCGCAUUGCUGAGUUGACAAUGUGGCCGCCUGUGAAGGGAACUUGACAGACGGGCAACAUUCUGCUAGGUUAUUAAUAUACAACAUACAAAUGUUGUCUUCAAGUUGGAUUUUAAAGAAGAGUAUCAGAACAAAACUGGUUACUGUUCUUACUGUCGAAGCAGAUAGCAAAGCCAUACUCAUAUUAUGAGAUUGGAAAUGAAAGUUGCUUGAUUGAAAGUUUCAGUAAUAUAAAUAUCAAAACUUUUGCAGCAAUCGGUAGGUAAUCGUUUUCAGAUUAAGAAAAAAAUAAAAUAAAAUAUUAACGCAAAUAAACGUUUCCUCGUUUCGUCUCUCACGCAAACGCGCCACAGUUUUGCUACAAAAAGUUGCCAAGUGCUCAUAAAAUAUACGUUCAUUUUAAACAUAUUUUGCCACCUUCUAAUUUUAUGGGUAGUAUCAUGUUUGAAAGCAAAUUACUUUUUAUAAACAAAAGAAGAUUAAGUGGAAACAUCGAGAGCUCUUGUUUAAUAUUCAUUGUGUAAACAAAAUUAACUACUUUUAUACAUAACCUAAAAUCUAUACAGCAAAAGCUUAUUGUUGCUACAGGCUUCUAAUACAUACAUAAUAGAAAUGGGUUCCAGAAAAUGGUUUUUCAUUUAUUUUUUGGUACAGGAAAAUAAUUCAGUUUUUGUUAUGUUUGGGAAAUACACUUUCUUUUAUACAUAUGUUGCUAUUCUGUCACUCGCAUAUCUAAUCAAAGGAAACUCGGUAAAAUAAAUAAAAAUAUAGAGAGCGACAUUCUUGCAUUUCCAUAUAACUUAGAAAUGUAUAUGUCUUCUAAGGAGAGAAAUUAAGUUUCUCAGUUAUAAUCUAGUCCCUAAAAUCUAUUGGAAUUGAUAUCUUAUCUACAAAUGGUUGAAAUAAAAGGACAAACAAUUCUUCUAAGUUUAAUAAGUGUUACAAAAACCAUAUUAAGUAUUGUAUGUACGAUCGUUAUUAUUGUAAUAAGUACUUACUUAAGUAAAUAAGUUGUAUUUAUAAAUGAAUUGAAUUAAGCAAUGAAUGUGUUGUAUGUAAUAAACUGUAUAAGGUCGGUGUAAUAAAAUGUUAAUUUGAUUUGAAAUAAAUAUUAUUUGAAAAUUCAA